CCCCAGAGAAGAAGAAGAACAAAUCAGUUCAUUUGAUAUCUUUCUUUCGAGCUUGUCUUCUUUAUGUUACUAACUAACAAUGGAGUUGCAGAUAUCCUUAUUCCAGGUCCUCAUCACCUUCUUCCUGGUUUUGUUUAUGGCAGCAAUCACUAGUUUAAGGAAAUCUAAAGCUAGGAAUUUAACUCAAGGGUUGAUUCCAGGGCCACGGAAAUUACCUUUGAUCGGAAAUCUGCACCAGCUCGCCGGUCCUGGUCUACCCCAUCACACCCUACGUGACUUGGCUACGAAAUAUGGCGCCAUCAUGCACCUGCAACUUGGUCAAAUUUCCACUGUCGUCGUUUCUUCUGCAGAAAUGGCUAAAGAGAUUAUGAAAACCCAUGAUAUUGUCUUUGCUAAUAGGCCUGUUCUCGCUUCGGCUAAGAUUAUAACUUACGGGUGCACUGAUAUUGCCUUUUCACCAUAUGGAAACUAUUGGAGAAAUCUGCGAAAAAUUUGCACAUCGGAGCUUCUGAAUGCGACUCGGGUCGCUUCCUUCCAAUCCAUAAGAGAAGAGGAAGUGCUGAAUCUCGUCGAAACCAUAAAACCAAAUGAAGGAUCGGCUGUAAAUCUGAGCCACAAAGUCUUUUCACUGAGUUAUGGCAUAACAGCGAGGGCAGCCUUUGGCAAGAAAUGCAAAGAUCAAGAAGCCUUCAUAUCAGUUGUUACAGAGGAAACCAAGGUGAAUUCUGGUUUCUUUGUUUCCGAAUUUUUUCCUUCACUUAAAUUCCUGGAUACUGUUUUGGGUCUAAAGCAUAAAGUCGAAAAGAUUCAUGGAGAAGCUGACAUGAUACUUGGGAAUAUUGUUAACGAUCACAAAGAAAGUAGAUCAAAAGGCAGAAGUAAAGAUGAAAACAAGGAAAAUCUGGUUGAUAUUCUUUUAAGGAUUCAGGAGGAUGGUGAAUUUCCCUUGACUGACAACAACGUCAAAGCCGUCAUCUUAGACAUUUUCAGUGCCGGAAGUGAGACAUCAGCAGGAGCUGUAGAGUGGGCAUUGUCGGAAAUGAAAAACCCAAGAGUUAUGACAAAAGCACAAGCAGAGGUAAGGCAGGUAUUCCAAGGCAAAGGAAAUGUAGAUGAAACAGGCAUUCAUCAACUUAAAUAUCUCAAGUGUGUUAUAAAAGAAACCUUAAGACUGCACCCUGUUAUACCUUUAUUGAUUCCAAGAGAAAGUAUGAAGAAUUGUGUGGUUAAUGGAUUUGAAAUACCUGCAAAGACCAGAGUCAUUGUGAAUGCAUGGGCAAUCGGGAGAGAUCCUAAUCAUUGGGUUGAGCCUGAAAAGUUUGAGCCUGAAAGGUUUGUCAACAGUUCAGUUGAUUUCAUAGGGACAAAUUUCGAGUUCAUCCCAUUUGGGGCAGGAAGGAGGGUAUGUCCAGGCAUAUUAUUUGCUCUGCCAACUGUAGAGCUACCGCUUGCUCAACUGUUGUUCCAUUUUGAUUGGAAGCUACCAAGGGGAAUGAAGCAGGAAGAUAUAGACAUGACUGAGGUGUUUGGUGUAUCUGUGAGAAGGAAAAAUGAUCUUGUCCUAGUUCCAAGUCUUUACCGUGCUUCCACUACUGUUGCCUAGUGGCAGGAACAACCUUAGCUUAUGCUGCAUUAUUCUAUUAGGUAGGGAUUGAAUCUCAAGGUUGUUUGUUUGCUUAUAUAUGUAUUGUUAUUUAGCCUAAUAGCCCACCACUUUAUAUUUGUACUUAUA